AGCAGCGACCUUACUGCAUCCAUCAGUUUUUUUAGUCGCAAAACUUAAGUAUCUUAAAAGUAAGAAAUCUAUAAAAUUGCACAAAAUUUCGCGACAAGAACGCAUGGAGAACGGAGUAGAACACAGUGUGGACGAGGCAGGCGAGAACCAGGUGGUGAGCAGCUCCGACGGCGAAGGUGAUUGUGAUGGUGAUGGUGAAGUGGAGGGGGAGGUGUUACAGCCGCCGCCGCCGCAAAUAACAAACGAUUGUGAUGGGGAGGGGGUGAGAGAGGCGGAGCAUGCACCAGCGAUGGCAGAUGCCGUGGACGCCACUCCGGCCUCUGGACCACCGCCCUUGGAUGGAGCAGCAGCUGUUGCCACAAUAGAGGACAACCUUUGUGACAAGGAUGUGGACAGCGAUGCUGGUGAUGAGGACAAUGACGAUGAGACCAAGGAGAACUAUGAGGGCUUCAAUGGCACCGGACGCACAGUCACCCUACAAACGCUGAUGGCAGCCAAUGUUCUACAGCCGGGCCUCGGGCUAAUGACCAUCGAAUACCUGGGCCAAAAGUUUGUUGGUGAUCUUCUAUCCGAUGGCAAGAUCAAAUCCCAUGAGACUGAGACCAUAUUCCUUACGCCCAGUGCCUGGGCUAUGCACUGCAAACGGAUUAUCAAUCCGGAGAAGAAGAGCGGCUGUGGGUGGGCAUCGGUGAAGUACAAGGGGAAGAAGUUGGACGCCUACAAGAACACGUAUCUGCGCAAAUGCGCCUUGCAAAAGGAAACACCGCUUGACGAUUGUGACCUCGAUGCCGAACGCAAGUCUGACUCCCCGGAAAUUAUUGUCAAGCGAACCGUUUUUGCACACAAUACCGUAUCUAAUCGCAAUGUAGUUCACGAUGCCAACAUGUUAAUUGAAUCAGUGCCGUUCACUUCGGUGGGCAAACUGCAGCCUUUCCUCAUCACAGUGAAUUCUUCUGCCCUCCUGCUGGCAGACUUUCACUGUCAUUUAACGGUUCGCGAAGUGUGCGGCUAUCUGGGUGGCACAUGGGACAUGAACACACACACUCUAUCUAUAACCAAGACAUAUCCUUGCCGGAGUACACGCUUCGAUAGACAGCGAGCCGGCGAAGUGGAGCGAGACAUACAGAAGAUGAUGAUCCAGGAUCAACUGCUGCUGGUUGGAUGGUAUCACUCGCAUCCCAAGUUUCAGGCGGAGCCCACGCUGCGCGACUGCGACUCACAGUUAGAUUAUCAGAUUCGAAUGCGAGGUGCCAGUGAUCUUACCUAUACGCCCUGUGUGUCUCUGAUUAUAUCUCCUUACUAUGAUGAGAAUCCUACCCUGGAGUCGGUUGUCAAGUGUAUAUGGAUCGUACCGCCUAACGAGAAUAGACAGUCUAUGGAGUAUGGUCGACCAAUGCUAAUGCAGUAUUCGGUGCUCCCGGACAAGGAAAUUCCUGAGGAGGUGCGCUCCGAGAUCCAGAUGUGCGUGGACUACUAUUCGCAGUACCGGAGUGAGGUGGUCAAGUUCCGGAACAUCUAUAACAACGACGUGACAUACAACGAAAAGUUAAAGAACACGCUCUAUCCGAAGUUUCCCUCUAAGCAAAGCGAUAAGGCGCUGUGGAACUGGAUCUGUGCAGUGCUGGAUUGCGAACAAGAGGACGACUUUAUUCCACCCAAAACCAUAAAGAUCAUCGACAAUGACGAGCUAGAAGUAAAAGAAGAAGACAAACCUGUGGUUCUGAUGGAUCUUAACAACGAAGUGAAGAUCAAUCCACCUAAAGAAGAGCUCUUCAAUGAGGCUAUCAGCACAUUGGAUGACAGUGCACGCAAGGCGGAGGAGGAAUCUAACGCCCAGGCGGAUCAAAAGGCGAGCGAACUUAAGGUGAUGUCGCUCCAGGAGCAGCUCUGUAUGCCUUCUGGCCUGAAUAUGAACCCGGUGCGAAUGCUUUCACCUUUGGCUACGCCAAAUCCGACAAGUCAUUCGUCAGUGCUGCCAAGCUUGGUGCCUCCAACUUUGCCAGCAGCCGCCAGCCAGCUGCUUCCACCACAAAUGCCUGCAGCUACGGGACCACCAGUCAUCCCACCAGUUGUUACGACUUCUGCUCUGACUUCAGCUUUGAGUGCUUCACCCAGAGACAGUCCCAUCACUAUCCAAUCAAAUUCCGCCAGUCCCGCCAAGUUUGAGGUUCCGGUAAGAGCGUCACCAUCUCCCGCGAAGUCGGACACCUCGUCGCACGCCUCCACCUCUCGUACCCGUAACUCUCCGGCGCCCAGUCCGGGUAAGUUCAGUGUCAGCGAUAUUGCUCGGAAUAGUCCCAGCAUCACGCCCAACAAGUACGAGGCAGCCGCAGCUGCUUUAGUGCCUCCAGCAGCCGCUUGCCUGCCAACGGCCAAUGAUCUGAUGGCUGCAAGCUUGGCACAGCUGGCUGGGCAGCUUCCCCCGAAUUUCCUUCAGGGGGAUUUGGCUGCCCUCUUUCAACAGCAGCGUAAGGACUAUGGCAGCUCCUCUCUAAAUCAGCUGGCAGCGGCGGCAGCCAAGGUUGGUGGUUCCAAGCAAAGUAAUGCCACUGCUGCUUCAGGUUUGAGUGAUCCCAAUGUGGCAGCAGCUGUAGCUGCCUACUCUAAUAGCUUCAAUAUGCCGCUACCGACGGGAGUAGGAAUCGGAGGAGGUGGAAAUAGCAAUACCCACAUCAGUAGCAAGUCCAAAUCGGAGCGUUCAUCGAAGUCCUCAUCAUCUUCUUCCUCCUCGAACUCUAGCUCAACAUCCAAUUCGUAUAAAACGAAAUUGAUGAAGGAGCUAGACGAGCUAAAAAACGAUCCACUUAAGAUGAGUGAGCUCAUCCGUUCGCCGGAAUACGCAGCACUGCUCCUCCAGCAAGCAGAAGCUCUGGGAGCUACCACACUGGGAACUCUUGGUUUUGGAUCGGACUACAGCUAUCUGACUGGAGCGGGAUUGGGAGUUCCAACUGCCAAUGCUUUGACUGGUGGUCAAUCGUCAAACUCUUCUUCUGGAAAGUCCUCAAAAUCUUCACCAGCGGCAGCAGCGGCGGCUGCUUUAAGUGCGGACUACAACAAUCUUAUUCAAGCUUCGAAACUGCUUGGCUACGAUUCUUAUAUGCAGCAAAGUAAGCAGAGCAAUGACCUCAAUGCGUUCCUGCAGCAGCAGAUGGCAGCAGUGGCUGCCGCUUCGAUUCCACCGCCUCCACCGGCUGCCUCCAGUGGCAGUUCCAAUAGUAGUUCAUCCAAGAAGCAGCAGCAGCAACAGUUGCAGCAACAUCAUCAGCAACAGCAGCAACAACAGCAGGCGGCUGCACAGGCAGACUACACGGCCCUAUUGCAGACCUACACAAAGUUGUUUGAUCCCAAUAACCAAUUUGCGGCAGCGAUGUCCUCCAAUAAGCACAUGGCAGGAGCCCAUAAUGAGCUCUCCGCUCUACUCUCUUCAGGAGUGGGAGUGGGAGGAAGUACGGGCGGAGGUGGAUCGAAACAGAAACAGAAGGAUAUUCAGAGCGAUAUGCUGAACCAGCUACUCCAGCUGGAGAAACAGGAUUCAGAAAUCAAGGCGUUGCUGUACCGUCAAAAUAAAGCAGCUGCUGACUUGGAUGCUCUGUUUGCCACACCCUCAGGAGCGGUUGUAGGAGCUGGGUCCUCAGCGAAUGCCAUGAAGUCGGGUAGCUCUUCAGGCAAUGCUGGAGUUUCCGGAAUUUCUUCACCUUCAUCCCUAUCAAAUCAAGCUGCUUAUUAUAAUGCUUUGGCGCAGGAGAAGAUGCAGGACUAUGCUGCCUUCUUCCAGCAGCAACAUGGCAAAUACGGCAUACCCGAUCCAUUGUCUAAGACCACACUGGCGGCUAAUAACAUGUUCAUGAGUCCAUCGGCUUUGUUUAAGAUUCAGCAGGAAUCGCUGUCAGCCAUGAUGAUGAAGCCACCCAAGUCGACGACGCCUUCAUCGGCGCGUACUCGGGAAUCAUCGGCCUCUCCAGCUUUAGAGCGCCUGACGCCUACGAAGUCGGCUAACAGUGGUGGAGGUGGUGGAGGAAGCAACUCAAACUCCGCUGGCAAAUACAACUUCAGUGCAGUGGACCUUGCCAUUUCUAGUGUGCCCUCGAACACACCAUCGCCAGCGCCCUCAGACGGAAGCAGCAGUUCUUCGCAUCGACGACCUUCACCGGACUUAAGCCGCCUCUACGGAGAGCUGGCACCGCCAGGAGCGCUUCUUGGUAGCGGUGGUGUGCCCAAAAAGCGGAUGGAGUUCGCCUCAGUGGCGGAUCUGGCUGCACCGCCGGCUAAGAUGCCCAAAAACAGCAUGGGCGAUGAUAUCCUGAACCUGUCGCACGAUUAGGAUAGCUGAAAUGGAAUCCUUGCCAGCGCAUUCGCAGCCGCAGUAUUUUCCCAACAGUAUAUAUUCCCAUACGUAAUGCCGCGUAGCAUCCAUUAACAUACCAGUGUCCAUCAUUUUAAUCCCCCAAUCAGUAACAUUCGGGACAAAUAUCUUAUUUUAUAUUUUUUGUAUUCCUUAUUUAAGUUGACUUCUUGGUAAGUGUAAAGUUCGUAGGUCAGAAAUAUUAACCUGGCUGCCAGCAAUUAACAAACAUUUAUUUUUCAUUACCUUUAGUCUUGGAAUAUUUUCUACAAACUAGAUGAUAUGCCGUGCAUAUCUCAAUCGAAUCAAUCAUUAUGAUCCAAAAAGAUUUCGCCAGUCCUACGAGUGAAUCUCCGCUUUUACUCACCUUACGAGCGCUGUAUGUCCUUAAACGUUUAAUUUAAUGUACUCGUACUAAUUUAGGUUUAAUUACCGCAUAAAAGUACUUUAAGUAUUUUAAUAUACAGACAGCGCACACACAUCAAUUGUAUUGUAUUGCCUACCGUAUUAACUAUAACUUUGAAUCUUUGCCGCAAUAAAUUAAACGACUAGUUACUUAGUUUACAAAA